AUGGGUGUUGGUAGAGCUUUGAAAUCUAGAAAGCUCACACCGUGUUUUGUUGCUCUGUACCGGAUUCUUGAGAAGGUGGAUGAAGUGGCCUAUCGGAUUGCUUUGCCACCGUCACUUGCUAACCUUCAUGAUGUGUUUCACGUGUCUCAGUUGAGGAGAUACAUUCCAGAUCCUUCUCGUGUGGUCCAAGUGGAUGAUAUAGAGGAUCUGGAGGUGAAGCAGUUUCGUGGUAAAGAAAUAGCCUUAAUGAAGGUAGUGUGGGGAGGACCAUCUGGUGAGAGCAUGACUUGGGAACGUGAGGAUCAACUGAAGGAGUCUUAUCCAGUUUUGUUUCCGUCAGCAUGGAUAUACGAAGUGUUUAAUUGUAUGAAGUUUUGCCGGUUCAUGCGAUGA